GCGUGUGCGUCUGCGUGCGUGUGUAUGUGUGCAUGUGUGUGAGUAGCUACACAGAGCCGCCGUGGCUCAGAGGAUCAGCUCGACAAGCAGCUGGGAGCUGACAGGAUUCUACCUGCACCAGGAGCAGGACCGCUCUCUGGACCAGAACCUGGACCGCUCUGUGCACCAGAACCUGGACUGCUCUGUGCACCAGAACCGCUCUCUGGACCAGGACCGCUCACUGGACUAACGGCUCGGUUCCGCCCAGUGCUGCAGACUGAGCCCAGCAGCAGCAGCAGCAGCAGCAGCAGCAGCAGCAGAACCUCCUCAGUGAUCAUUGAUCAGAACCUGAUCAGAACCUGAUCAGAGUAGAGGGAUGGCGCUGUCCUUUCUUCUCUUCCUGUCUGCCGUGUUGCCCUUACUCAGAGCGUCUGCCUAUAAUACAUCAGCCGGUUGUGCCAUCAUCCGUCCUCCCAGAGACGGAGGGAUACGGUACCGAGGUCUGACACAAGAGCAGAUCCGCAGCGUGCAGGUGCUCCCGGUAGACUAUGAGAUCGAGUACAUCUGCAGGGGCAACAGGCUGAUCGUGGGACCAAAGGUCAGGAAGUGUUUGCUCAACGGCACCUGGACGGAUCUGAGCGAGCGCAGCAGAUGCUUGUUGUUGUGUCCUCGGGUGUGGACGUCGUUGGAGAAUGGCCGGGUGUCUUCCUGGCCCCCGGGGCCCCCGGUGGAGGAGACGGUGCUUCACUACAGCUGUCUGCCCGGCUUCAUCCUGACGGGAUGGAACUCAACGCAGUGCAACAAGAUGGGCAAGUGGGACACGCCCAAACCCGUCUGUCGCUAUGAUCGUCAGUACAAAAGCAAGAAGAAGAAGCUCUACAUCGGAGCCCUGUUCCCCAUGAGCGGAGGCUGGCCCGGAGGACAAGCCUGCCUCCCCGCCGCUCAGAUGGCCCUGGACCUGGUGAACGAGAGGAGCGACAUCCUGCCGGACUACGAGCUGGAGCUGAUCCACUAUGACAGUAUGUGUGAUCCAGGCGAGGCCACCAAGCUGCUGUACGACCUUCUGUACACGGAGCCCAUUAAAGUGGUGCUGAUGCCGGGCUGCAGCUCCGUGUCCACGCUGGUGGCCGAGGCUGCUCGCAUGUGGAACCUCAUAGUGUUGUCGUACGGCUCCAGCUCUCCAGCUCUGUCCAACCGCCAGCGUUUUCCCACCUUCUUCCGCACUCAUCCGUCCGCCACCCUUCACAACCCCACUCGAGUGCAGCUCUUCCAGAAGUGGAAGUGGACCAAGAUCGCCACCAUUCAGCAAACAACAGAAGUUUUUACAUCGACUCUGGAUGAUCUGGAGGAGAGGGUGAAGGAGGCGGGGAUAGAAAUCAGCGUCCGUCAGAGCUUCCUCACCGACCCGGCUGUCGCUGUCAAAAAUCUCAAGCGCCAAGAUGCCAGAAUUAUUGUGGGCCUGUUCUACGAGACGGAGGCCAGGAAAGUCUUCUGUGAGGUGUACAAGGAGAAGCUGUACGGGAAGAAGUACGUGUGGUUCCUCAUCGGCUGGUACGCAGACAACUGGUUUAAGAUCAAGGACCCGUCCAUCAACUGUACCGUGGAGCAGAUGGCGGAGGCUGUGGAGGGUCACGUGACCACUGAGAUCGUCAUGCUCAACCCAGAGACGGUGCGAGGAGCCUCCAACCUGACCUCUCAGGAGUUUACAGCCCAGCUGAUGUCUAAACUCGGGGGCAUGAAUCCAGAGGAUACGGGCGGUUUCCAGGAGGCCCCCCUGGCCUACGACGCUGUGUGGGCUCUGGCCCUGGCCCUCAACAAGACCGUGGGACCCCUAAAGACCAAAGGUCACCGGCUGGAGGAGUUCAACUACAACAACCGAGACAUCACAGCUGAGAUCUAUCGAGCCAUGAACACCAGCUCCUUUGAAGGAGUUUCAGGUCAUGUUGUAUUCGACGCUCAAGGGUCUCGAAUGGCCUGGACUCUUAUUGAACAGCUUCAAGGAGGGAGCUAUAAGAAGAUCGGAUACUACGACAGCAGUAAAGGCAAUCUGUCCUGGUACGGGAACGACAAGUGGAUAGGCUCAGGACCCCCUGCAGACCAGACGGUGGUCAUCGAGGAGUUUCGCUACCUGUCCCAGAAGAUCUUUGUCUCCGUGUCCUGCUUCGCUGGGUUGGGAAUCCUGCUGGGAAUCGUCUGCCUCACCUUCAACAUCUACAACAGCAAUGUCAGGUACAUUCAGAACUCUCAGCCGUACCUGAACAACAUGACUGCGGUCGGCUGCAUGAUGGCUCUGGCUGCCGUCUUUCCUCUGGGCAUCGACGGCCUUCACGUCCACAGGAGGCAGUUCCCCGUCGUCUGCCAGUUCCGCCUGUGGCUGCUCGGUCUGGGCUUCAGCCUCGCUUACGGCAGCAUGUUCACCAAGAUCUGGUGGGUCCACACCGUCUUCACCAAGAAGGACGAGAAGAAGGACAAGAGGAAGCAGCACCUGGAACCGUGGAAACUCUACGCUACUGUCGGCGUUCUGCUCGGCAUCGACGUCCUGUCUCUCGUGAUCUGGCAGCUUGUGGAUCCUUUACAUAUCACAAUAGAGAAGUUCACCAGAGAAGCCCCCAAAGGAGACCUGGAUGUUCUGAUCCAGCCUCUACUGGAGCACUGCAGCUCAGAGAAGAUGAACACCUGGCUGGGCGUUGUGUACGGUUAUAAAGGUUUACUGCUGCUGCUCGGCAUCUUCCUGGCCUACGAGACCAAGUCCAUCUCCACGGAGAAGAUCAACGACCACCGAGCUGUAGGCAUGGCCAUCUAUAACGUUGCUGUGCUGUGUAUGAUAACAGCUCCAGUCACCAUGAUCCUGUCCUCUCAGCAGGACGCAUCCUUCGCCUUCGCCUCCAUGGCCAUCGUCUUCUCGGUCUACAUCACCCUGGUGGUUCUGUUCAUUCCCAAGAUGCGGCGCCUGAUCACACGGGGGGAGUGGCAGUCAGACGCCCAGGAGGCCGUGAAGACCGGCUCGUCCACCAACAAUAAUGACGAGGAGAAGUCCAGACAGCUGGAGAGAGAGAACAAGGAGCUACAGAAGAUCAUCCAGGAGAAAGAAGAGCGUGUGUCUGAGCUGAGGAACCAGCUGUCUGAGCGACAGGCCUUGCGAUCGAGGAGAAGAGCAUCCUCCGUCACCAAUCAGAACCACAGCUCCUCGUCGCCCGCCAUCCCCCAGAGCAACACCAGGGCCCUGGCCCCUCCUCCGGGGUACCCGGUCCCCAUCUCCGACCUCCACCCCGUCCCCCCGCCCUUCGGCAACUCGUCCAGCCUCUACCAGCCGGACAGCAAGAUCAGCCGGAAUAACUGCCACACCAGCCGGCUGCAGCUGCUUUACAAGUGAGGUGGUGGUGAACACUGGAGGGAUGAGGACGGUAAUAACAUCCAUAGCUGCACACAGAUGGAGGAAAGGAUGUACCAUCAGCAGCCUGUUGGAGGGGCUGACUCCAAAACUCAUUCCACCAAUCAGCAGAGGACAGAGGAUGACCAGCUUUUGAGCUGAUCAAUAUAAUAUUUGUCUUUCUCUCAGAGAAAAAAAGACAUACAUCUUGUUAAUCAUACAAUUUUGCAUCUAACCUGCCAGUGAUUUCUCAUGUGCCAUCUAGAGUUUGAGAGAAGAUCGCAGUCAGAAUUGACUGUUCGCUCCGCUCUGGCCCCUGAGCUAUUGUUGCUAACCUGUCAGGCUUUCCAUGGUAACACAUCAUGCAUCUUACAGCGGUGGCAGAUUUACCAUUGCAAUCUGUGUUAGUUUCUGAAACAAAAAGUCCUCCCCUUUAGAUUAAGGAAGACAAUAACAGCUUGAAAUCACAGCGGUCGCUGGUAGAUUUAGUUUAUUUUGAUGAUUUAUUUCCACUAGUUGGUUGAAAACUCUCCAACUGACUGGUUUUAAAAUAAAAAGGGUCUUUAAUAAUCACAUGAUGGCUACAUACAUACAAGGAGCCAAGGACACUUCGACAUGUGGACCGUCGACCUUCCGAUUGGUGGACGACCUACGUCACAAAGAAUUAAAUAUACUGCGUGUUUGUGUAGCUUUAACAUCAGUCUCUUAGCAUGAUAUCAUGUAUUUAACCUUCAAGAGCCAUUUAAACAUUUAAAACGAGUCAGCUAGCUUGAUGGUAAAUCUGCUAAUGUUAAAUGGAAAGACGGAUGUAGCAACGGUAGCUAACGGGGGUGGGGGGGGGGGGGGGGGCUUCGACCCAAGAUGUCAUAGCAAAGCAUUUAUCAUCUGUACCUUAAAAUACUGCCUCCUAAUGUGUUAGAUAGUGCUAUGUACUGUAUUAAGAGGCUGGACAAAAGGACAGACUUCAUGAUGACGUCAGUCUUGUGACAAAGUAACUGGUUGUAUCCAAAACAUAAUACGUUUUUGUCAUUUUAGUUUCUCUUUGUUAAAUGUUUGAUGGUGUUUUUUACAUUUUUAUUGGUCUCUGUUCAAAGAGACUGCUGAGUCAUUGUACAUAGUCGUGUGUGUUCAUUCUAAACCCCUCAUAUCACUGUGGAUGAUCCGGGGCUGAAAAGAAAAGUAAGCUGAGGACGCUGCUGUUAUCUGUCAGGUAUUUACUGUAUCAAGUGUUGUGACUGCCACACACCAAGAGCUGAAGGAGCAUCACAUGAGGCUAAAAGCAUCAAUUCAAACACCUUUAUGUGUUUAAUGUUUGGCUACAGCCGUGUUGGGGUGGACAAGUUUUUGUGGACAAGAAAUAUUAAGAACUUCUCAUUUCAAUUAUAAGAAUUAAAGCUGCAAGCAGCGAUGAACGGGCCCUCGCACCUUCCCACGAGUCGGGGUACUGGCGGGACGGAGAUUGACGUGGCCAGGCACAAUAAAACCGGGACUGUUAUGAGUGCAAUGACGCCUGCCACAAGACUCUACGACAAUCGGUUCACGAGUUAUGAAAGGGGGGAUCCGGUCAACCUGCUAGGAGGAGUACAUUAAAAUAGAAAACAUGUCAUUUCCUGUUGCCAGUAGGGGGCGCUAUGAGUGCGACUCAAUAUGGACAUGUAAAUGUCCUCAGGACUGGACCCUUAUCAUGCCUGAGAAAUUUGGAGCAGAUUGGACUAUUUACAGUGGAGUUACAACAACUUCCUGUUUAAUGGCGAAUGGCUCAAAAUGGCCGCCACGCCAU